CCAGGCAGCAUGUUAGCUCGCUGCCCACCCCUUUCCCAGGCGAGCUCUACAGGCCCCCGAAGCGGCUGAAGGGCUGUGUGGGUAACACCUACAGUGGAGAUGACACAGCUGCUUCAUCACAACACAGCGACCCUAGCUCUGACCCGUGGAUUGUGAGGGGGUGUCACCGCAGGGACGUCGCGCUUUAGCUGAGCCCCGAAUUCGGCACCGAAAGCGGCUCCUCGUGUGACAGGGCCGGGGACCAGGCGCCAGAGGGAGCGGGGAGCCUGGUGUCUCCCCAGGACCGGGGGGGGGGAGGUUAGCCUCCCCUCAGGGACAGGGGGAGGCCGGCAGCUUCUCGCAGCCCUUUCCCCCCCACCCGCAGUCCCCAGCGCUCCCCCACUCAGUGGCCGCUCUGCAGCCUGCAUUGCCGCCGCACACGCUGCCGUGGCCCCGCCUGAGCGGCGGCGCCGGGGGCCGCAGCGCGCAUGCUCGGCGCGGGCGCCAUUUUGGUGGGGCCGGGAAUUAUCCAGCGGGAGCGGCGGAGCUCGCUGGGCCCGGCUCGGAGGCAGCGGCGAGUGGGUGCCGGCUGCGGAGAUGGCCAACAUCGCGGUGCAGAGGAUCAAGCGAGAGUUCAAGGAGGUGCUGAAGAGCGAGGAGACGAGCAAAAAUCAAAUUAAAGUAGAUCUUGUAGAUGAGAAUUUUACAGAAUUAAGAGGAGAAAUAGCAGGACCUCCGGACACACCAUAUGAAGGAGGGAGAUAUCAACUAGAGAUAAAAAUUCCAGAAACAUAUCCCUUCAAUCCUCCUAAGGUGCGGUUUAUCACCAAAAUAUGGCAUCCUAACAUUAGCUCGGUUACUGGGGCCAUUUGUUUGGAUAUCCUGAAAGAUCAAUGGGCAGCAGCAAUGACUCUAAGGACAGUGUUGUUAUCAUUGCAAGCACUGUUGGCAGCUGCAGAACCAGACGAUCCACAAGAUGCAGUAGUGGCAAAUCAGUACAAACAAAACCCAGAAAUGUUCAAACAGACAGCUCGACUUUGGGCACAUGUGUAUGCUGGAGCACCAGUUUCUAGUCCAGAAUACACCAAAAAAAUAGAAAACCUUUGUGCUAUGGGCUUUGAUAGGAAUGCAGUAAUAGUGGCCUUGUCUUCAAAAUCAUGGGAUGUAGAGACUGCAACAGAAUUACUUCUGAGUAACUGAGCCAUGUAAAGAGCUGCUUCUGUAGUCCAGCUUGCCCUUUCUGAGGAGCAUCACCAUCUGUUAUUUUUAGGAUUCUAUAUAGAUUCUCUUUUAAAACUGGCACUCUUGCCUGAUGAUGCUAUCUAAGCACUAUUGGAGACUGAAAAACUGCUCUGUAAAUAAAGCUAAUUAAACGUCUGUGUAAAUUUAAAA